GCGACGGGUGCGAGCCAGGUGGCCUAGAUUCGUGGACGCCUGUGAGCUAAGAGCCGGCCGGCGCCCCAGGCCGUUACCCCGCGGGGCCGCGUGCUGCUGACGCCGCCCCGGCUUCCUGCGCAGGCCGCCGGCCUCACCAUGGACCAGGACUACGAGCGGCGCCUGCUGCGGCAGAUCGUCAUCCAGAAUGAGAACACAAUGCCGGGCGGUCAGAGGGUGGAGGCCGGCUGGGCAGCGCGGGGCUGGAGGGCAGCUGUGCCCGGCACACACGCUCUGCCACUGCAGGUUGCAGAGAUGCGGCGCACGCUGACACCCGCCAACUCCCCCGUGUCCUCGCCCAGCAAGCAUGGAGACCGCUUCAUCCCCUCGCGGGCCGGGGCCAACUGGAGCGUGAACUUCCACAGGAUCAAUGAAAAUGAGAAGUCACCCAGUCAGAACCGGAAGGCCAAGGAUGCCACCUCAGACAAUGGCAAAGACGGCCUGGCCUACUCGGCCCUGCUGAAGAAUGAGCUGCUGGGGGCCGGCAUUGAGAAGGUGCAGGACCCACAGACAGAGGACCGCCGGCUGCAGCCCUCCACCCCCGAAAAGAAGAGCCUCUUCACGUAUUCCCUCAGCACCAAGCGCUCAAGCCCGGAUGAUGGCAAUGAGGUGUCCCCGUACUCCUUGUCCCCCGUCAGCAAUAAGAGUCAGAAGUUGCUGAGGUCACCACGGAAACCCACUCGCAAAAUCUCCAAAAUCCCCUUCAAGGUCCUGGACGCCCCCGAGCUCCAGGAUGACUUCUACCUGAACCUGGUGGACUGGUCUUCCCUCAACGUGCUCAGUGUGGGGCUGGGGACCUGCGUGUACCUGUGGAGCGCCUGCACCAGCCAGGUGACACGGCUCUGUGAUCUGUCCGUUGAAGGGGACUCAGUGACCUCCGUGGGCUGGUCUGAGCGGGGGAACCUGGUGGCAGUCGGCACCCACAAGGGCUUCGUGCAGAUCUGGGACGCGGCCGCAGGAAAGAAGCUGUCCAUGCUGGAGGGCCACACGGCACGCGUCGGUGCGCUGGCCUGGAACGCCGACCACCUGUCAUCCGGGAGCCGUGACCGCAUGAUCCUGCAGAGGGACAUCCGCACGCCGCCCCUGCAGUCGGAGCGGCGGCUGCAAGGCCACCGGCAGGAGGUCUGCGGGCUCAAGUGGUCCACGGACCACCAGCUGCUUGCCUCGGGGGGCAAUGACAACAAGCUGCUCGUCUGGAACCACUCGAGCCUGAGCCCUGUGCAGCAGUACACGGAGCACCUGGCGGCCGUCAAGGCCAUUGCCUGGUCCCCGCACCAGCACGGCCUACUGGCCUCGGGCGGCGGCACGGCUGACCGCUGUAUCCGCUUCUGGAACACGCUGACGGGGCAGCCGCUGCAGUGCAUCGAUACCGGCUCACAAGUCUGCAACCUGGCCUGGUCCAAGCACGCCAACGAGCUGGUGAGCACACACGGAUACUCGCAGAACCAGAUCCUGGUCUGGAAGUAUCCAUCCCUGACCCAGGUGGCCAAGCUGACUGGGCACUCCUACCGCGUGCUUUACCUGGCCAUGUCCCCUGACGGAGAGGCCAUUGUGACCGGGGCUGGAGACGAAACCCUGAGGUUCUGGAAUGUCUUCAGCAAAACCCGUUCGACAAAGGUAAAGUGGGAAUCCGUGUCUGUCCUCAACCUCUUCACCAGGAUACGGUAAACCAGGCUCUGUGCCAGGAACCCGUCGCCGGGUCCAAGGACGGCCAGACGACCGCCAGCUCCCCAUGCACGGCCCCUCCCCGGCACGCAUCCCCAGGCAGCAGUGGGGGGCGGGGAGCUGGGCUUGGAGAACCCUGAAGAUUUCCGAUUAAAUGCCUGAUUGUGAACUGUGUCAGCCGGUGUCUGGGGCAGGGAUGCGGCUGGGGACCUGGCGCCCUUCCCGGAGGGCAGCAGUCAACCAGGUGGACUCGUGGCCUCAGCCUGGACCAUCCCCUCGGACGCACGCACUCCCGCUGCCCACCGCGGAGAGGACCCUCUGGAACCGCAGCCCCGCUUGUGCCCGUCCCGCCGCGGUGGGGCCGCACGCCCUUCCGUAUGUGCUUCGUGCUGUGCCCACUGGUGCGUCAGGACAGACGGCCGAGCCCAGGAUGUGGGCGUGGCAGCCGGCAGGUGCCAAAGCCGGGCCGCCCUUCAGUGCAUGCCCUCUGCCCCCACCCAGACCUACCCGCGGCUGCGAGGGGCCUGAGGCUUGGGGCAGCUCCUCGCCACUGGACUCGAGGUUUCUUUCCAGCCACCUUGGCCCUCAGCGUCCCCACACUGACCUCAGGCCGUCCUCGGCGGUGACUGAGGGGAACGUUUUGUUACGGCUGUGGCCCGGGCAGGUUCAUCACCAUCGGCCGCUGCGUCCGGAGCAGGCCCCAGUCGGCUCCGCGAGACCAGGCCGGCUGGACACGGCAGCAGGGCCCACAGAGACCACCCAGGAUGUACUUGUCAGAGGACAGUGUUGCGUAGUCACGCUUCUGACAGCGAGCGAGGGCCCAGUGAGACGCGCUCCAGUGACAGCGGGCCCCAGCCACGGCUCCCACGCCCUGGGCCCUGCGGGUGCUCACCCCCACUGCGCCUCCCGGUGUCAUCCUGUCCCCCUGUGCCGACCCAGCACGGCGAGGUGAAGAGGG